AUGGCGUCCUCCAGCCAGUUCCUGGUGCUGCUGCUGCUCCUCAGCUUCGUCUCAGCCUCUCUCGCCUGCUCCUGUGACCGGUAUCCCUGGAGCUCGUGGUCCAGCUGCUCACGGACCUGUAACCACGGAACCCAGCAGAGACUGAGGAACUUUCGGUUUGACGAUUACUACUGGAAGAGCAGCUGCCCUCAGCUGUGUAACAAGGUCGACAGGAGAGGCUGCAACGAGCAGGCCUGUCCCAUCGACUGCCUGCUGACACAGUUCCAGCCCUGGUCCGACUGCUCGCCCUGCGCCAGGAAACAGUUACGCACCCGCUCCGUCCAGAGGCCGUCCCAGUUCGGGGGCUCGGCCUGCGGCGUGGAGCUGACGGAGGAGCGGCCCUGUCACCCCUCCACAGAGUGCAAGUUAGCGCCUGUCGACUGCAGAGGCGACUUCAAGUGUGAUAACGGACGCUGCAUCAACUCCACGCUGACGUGCAACCGGCAGAACGACUGUGGAGAUAACUCUGAUGAGAGGGACUGUGCCGAGCCCUCCGUCGUGUGCCCGGUAGAGAAGGUGGUGGCGCCCGGGGCCGACCUGGUGGGCAAUGGGUUUGAUGCUUUGGCCGAGGAGCCGAGAGGAGCCGUGCUGGACAACAUGUUCAUGGGAGGAAGCUGCGUCAUCAGGAGGCCUCCGACCACUCUGCUCUACCACCGAAUCCCUCACAACUUUGAAAAGUUCGACAUCAAGGUCGGGGAGCUGCAGGACUUCAGCACUGAGCCACAGCCGCUGCACACAGAAUCCAUCACUCUGGGCAAGUCCAACCCGGCGUUUGAGGCUUCAAAGAAAAUGGACUCCAAGUUUUUCCGGGUGCACCAGGUCCUCCCGGUGUCCAGGUUCAAGGUGAAAGAACCGGGCGACCUCGUCCUCUCGCUGCCUUUCCUCCAGUUCCUUCAGGCUCUUCCUCUCCAGUACAACUACGCCCUCUACAGGGACAUCUUCCAGCGCUUCGGGACACAUUACUACAGCUCGGGGACGCUGGGAGGCCACUACGACCUGCUGUACCAGUACAGCAGAGAGGAGCUCACCAGUUCAGGUGUAACAGUAGAGCACGUGAUAGGCUGCCUGAGCCGAGAGACCAGCUGGACCGCCGUCCUCUACAGCCAACACGGCAUCGCCCCCCCCUGCUCCAGCAACACGAUGACUCAGAAAUACAAAGGCUCGUACAUCCAGGCGGCGGAGAAGUCUUUCUCCCGGGUGAAGGGAGGACGAGCCCGGGAGGCAGCGGCUCUGGCCUGGGACCGACAAGGACCAACUCCGGACCGAACCUCCUACAAGACCUGGGCCAAGUCGGUCCUGGACAACCCUGCUGUGGUUGAAUAUAAGCUGCUGCCCGUCGUAGACCUGGUUCGUGGAAUCGCCUGCGCUGCGACGAAGAGGAGGAACCUGAGGAAGGCCCUGCUGCAGUACCUCGGGGAGUUCGACACCUGCAAGUGUGAGCCGUGUCCGAACAACGCCAGACCCGUUCUGUCCGGCACCGAGUGCAAGUGUGUUUGCCAGACCGGCACCUACGGCACCAGCUGUGAGAGACGGGCUCCUGAUUACACUUCAGAGGAGGUGGACGGUCGCUGGAGCUGCUGGGGGCCGUGGAGUCGCUGCUCGGCCUCCAUGAAGAGACACCGGACGAGGGCGUGUGAUAACCCCGCCCCCCUCAGAGGAGGUCAGCCCUGCCCCGGCGCCGCCAGGCAGGAGGAGCCGUGUCACAUCAGCAUCUUUGAAUCACAGGGGACGUGUGAUAAUGACGAGGACUUCACUGUGGGCUGGAGAGACGAGCUGCCUCCUGGCGUCCAGGGCUGCGUGAGGCCACCGAGGCCCGAGAGCAGCUUCCUCAGGAAAGCGAAGCAGUACUAUGACCUUGGUGAGGAGGAGGAGUUCCAGUGCUUCUCUGGGUUUGAUCUGGAGGGUUUCCAGUUCUUCAGCUGUCUCCCUGACGGCACCUGGAGUCCACCCAAAGGAAAAUGCAUCAAGAAUCUCUGUCUUCCUCCUGAGAUCCCUGAUGGGAUGACGCUGCUCCCGGACAAAGACCAGUACCGAGUGGGGGAGUCGGUGGGUUUGAGAUGCAUCGAGGAGAACAUGCUGCCGCGGCCGGGGGGUUUCUACCGGUGCAGCACCGGUCUCACCUGGGAGCCUCCGGUACCGGCUGAGCUGCGCUGCACCGACGAGAAACCGUUUGUCCCCGACGGUCAAUGUGGACCAGGACAGAAACUACAGGACGCUCGAUGUGUCUGCGUCCAACGGGAGAGCUGCCUGUCACGACAAGCAAGUCUCUGCGUCCUGAACCUGGACGUCGGCGUCACCGUGUCGAUGUCCCUCUGCUCCUUCCACGCCGGCCGUUGCCACGGCGACCCGCUCUUCUUCGUCAGCGAGGGCGAGUGUGAAGCGUCGGACUCGGGGAAACUGGAGUGGGCCCAGUUCAGAGCCAAGAUGUCGUCCAGGAGCUCGGCUCAGGAGCCCUGUGGUCUCGACACCUGCUACGAGUGGGAGACUUGUUCCGCCUUUAAGAAGUGUGAGUGUCGAGCAGCUCGUGACUGCCUCAGAUCCACCGAGCACAUGUUCUGUGUGAAGCUGACGAGGAGCCAGAGGACUCGAGCUCUGGACCUCUGCUCCAUGGCCGCGCUCAAAUGUGCCAGCUACGAGUUUGAGAUCCUCGGCGAAGGAGCGUGUGAGUCCAGAUGAUUCGAUGACGGGAUGGUUCUUUGUAAGGACAGGACAGCGAUUUUAAAAAAGUGUCUCCAAUCAUUUUUGACGACAGGAGGAGAUCGUUUCUCUGUUUAACGUUUUUCACAUGUAAUGAUAAUUGCAUUUCUUACAGUAUGAACCUCCCCCUGCAUCACUUCCUCACUGUAUAUAAUCUAUUUACUGCUCGGGUAUCUGCCUUCAAAUAUUUGUCAAACCCUGAAAUUACAUUAAUGUGACCGAGAAAUAUUCAAAAAAUAAAGAAAACUGAAAACUAAA